AUGCAUUCCAGGCCACUUCGUAGCAUUAAGAAGGUCCUGGUGGCCAAUCGUGGCGAGAUUGCUGUUCGCUGCAUCAAGGCCUGCCGUGAGCUCGAUGUCCACAGCAUUGCCAUCUAUACGGCCGCCGACACAACAUCACUACAUGCGUUGUUAGCUGACGAGGCGAUCGCACUGCGGGGUAACGACACCUACACAGAUGGAGACGCCAUUCUAGAAAUCUGCAAAAGCUGCGGCGCCGACGCUGUGUUCCCCGGAUAUGGCUUCCUCAGCGAGAACGCCGACUUUGCCGAUGCCGUCACGACUGCAGGCAAGAUCUUCAUGGGUCCUUUAUCCGCUUCUAUUAAGGCCAUGGGUCUGAAGCAUGAAGCGAGAGCCAUUGCUGAGGCCGUAAAAGUCCCCGUCAUCCCCGGUACUUCGUUAAUUCCAUCAACCCACGAGGCCAUAGAUGGGGCCAAGAAGCUUGGUUUUCCGGUCAUGCUCAAAGCCACCGGAGGAGGCGGCGGUAUGGGCCUGCAGAUAUGCUACGACGACGAUGAUAUCCCAAAAGCAUUCGCCACAGUCGAGAGUCGCGCGGGCGCUCUAUUCAAGAACAGCGGCGUCUUUCUGGAAAAGUAUUAUCCUCGGUCCCGACACGUAGAGGUGCAAGUCUUUGGAAACGGCGAGCAAGUUGUUGCAUUCGGGGAGAGGGAAUGUUCUCUCCAACGACGUCACCAGAAAGUGGUUGAAGAGUGCCCCAGUCCAUUCGUUGCGCGAAGGCCAGGUCUUCGUGAGAAGAUGCUCCAGGCGGCAGUCGACUACGCCUCACAACUCAAGUACAAGAGUGCCGGCACUGUCGAAUUCUUGGUCGACGAUGAAACGGCCGAUUUCUUUUUCCUCGAGAUGAACACGCGUCUCCAGGUCGAACACGGCAUCACAGAAAUGUGCUAUGGGGUUGAUCUGGUUCACUUGAUGCUGCAGCAAGCCGACUACGAGCACGGCGGCCAGCUCGGCAUCCCCUCGGACGAGCUACGAAGCAUCCCACAAGCACAGCCGAACGGUGCGGCCAUCGAGGUCCGAGUAUAUGCUGAAGUGCCCUUGCUCGACUUUGCUCCUAGCCCGGGCCUUCUACAGCAUGUCAGCUGGCCCAAGGGCGAUGGUAUCCGGGUGGACACAUGGGUGAAGAGCGGCCAGCAAAUCACACCCCUCUACGACCCUUUGGUCGCAAAAGUCAUGGCACACAGCAAUGACGGUCGAGCUGAGGCGCAGAAGAUGAUGCUCGCCGCUCUUGACCAAACUGUUUUGCAAGGUACACAGACGAACUUGCAGUACCUUUUGCAGGUGCUACGUUCUAAUGAGUUCACCAAGGGCGAUACGCUCACCUCUUUCCUACCCAUUUUCAAGGCAAAAGUGUGCGCCGUACAAGUACUCAACCCUGGUGUAUUCACUACGGUUCAGGAUUACCCUGGGAGGCCAACGAUCGGGCACGGCGUGCCUCCCGGCGGACCAAUGGAUGAUUUGAGCAGUCGGACAGCAAACAUUCUCGUUGGUAACGACGCUCAAGUCGAGGUACUCGAAAUAGCAAUGUCUGGCCCGGAACUCCUUUUCCAUGAAUCGGCCGUGGUGGCCGUGUGUGGUGCCCAAGUUUCCGUCAGUGUUGACGGCAGGCACCAACCGAUGUGGUCCCGAAUCCUCGUGCAACAGGGGCAGACGCUCAAGAUUGGCAACGUCACAGGUGACGGCCUUCGGACCUACCUCGCAGUCAAAGGAGGCUUCCCAGACAUACCUCUUUAUCUCGGCUCCAAAUCAACAGCGCCAGAGCUCGCGUUCGGCGGUCUUCAGGGCCGUAAGCUGCAGAUCAACGAUAUUCUCGCCCUUGCCCCUGAAACAGCAAGUUGGGCAGCGGCAGCCACUCCCUUUUCUUUACCACGAAAGGCAAUCCCUGAUUACGGGCACUCGGAGAUAUUCUGCCUUAAUGGUCCGUAUGGCUCGGAAGACAUAUUGACCCCCGAGGGUAUGGCAACAAUCACCAACUCCAAAUGGACCGUCAGCCACAAUAGUAGUCGCAGUGGCAUUCGACUAGAGGGUCCACGACUAAAGUGGGCACGCACCACCGGCGGGGGAGGCGGAUCUCAUCCAUCAAACGUCUUCGACUACGGGUAUCCCAACGGCGGUGUCAACUGGACCGGGGAGUUUCCCAUCAUCUUUUCCCGCGACCGCCCGGAUCUCGGUGGGUUUGCUUGCGCGGUCACCAUCUGCUCAGCCGAGAUGUGGAAAGUUGGUCAGCUGAAGUCGGGCGACAGCGUUCAGUUGCGACUGGUUUCCUUUGAGGAUGCCAUGAAGAUCAAACACACAAACGAGGCCUACUUGAGGUCUUUGGGUGCUCUGGUGGAUGGUAAUGAUACAGAAAUUGUGCCACUCAAGCUGGAGUUCGGCUCACGGACCACAAGUUCAAUAUUGCACCUGGCCGAACCGAAUGGAGAUCAUCCUCGCGUCACUUACAGGCAAGGUGGCGACACUUCCAUCAUAGUAGAAUAUGGUGAACAAGUUGCGGAUCUGCGCAACACGGUCUGCGUUCAUAUUCUCGAGGGGAAGCUUGCGGCGCGCAACCUUGCGAGCGUGCGUUGUGAGCCGAACCUCGCUACGCUCACAGUGCACUACGACCCGCUCCAGGUCUCCCAAUCCGAGCUGUUGCAAAGCCUGAUUGAGCAAGACGAGAGUAUCGAAGAGAUUGUUGGCAUCAAAGUGCCCGUUCGCGAAGUCAACCUGCCGCUUUAUGUUGACCACUCCACCAUCACAGAAGCGACGGAAAGAUAUAUGGAGAGCGUUCGGCCCACUGCUGCCUACCUACCAGACAACGUCGAGUAUCUGCGGAAGAAUAACGCAUUGGAGACUCGCCGCGAUGUAUUUGACUCACUGCUCAAGACACCCUGGCUCACAGUUGCAGUCGGCUUCUUCCUCGGAACCCCUGUCAUGUUUCCGCUCGACCCCAAGUACGUGUUCACGGGGCAGAAAUACAACCCUAACCGCGCGUACACUCCGAGCGGCUCAGUCGCACUCGGUGGGUCUCUGCUUGUCGUUUAUCCCGUGGCCUCACCGGGCGGCUACCAACUCAUGGGCCGCACGUUGGGUACGUGGGAUAUGAUGGGUACUCGAGCCGGCUUUUCCCCGACGCGACCUUGGUUGUUCAACAAUUUCGAUAUCGUUAGAUUCCACGAGGUCUCCAAGGAAGAAUUUGACCAAGUAGAACGAGACUUUGAAGCCGGUAGAUAUGUGUUCAACAUUUCCGAUGAGACCAUCAGCAUGGACGAGUACAUUGCCAAGUUUGACGCCGCAGCCCGCGAUCCCGCACAUCGAGAAUGGCGGCAGCGUCAGGACGCCGCUGCCAAGGAAAUGGGAGAGCUCGAACAGCGGCUCUUCGGUGAAUGGACUGCCGCCAAGGAUGCGGCUCUGUUGGAACAGAGUGAAGGGGUCGGGGGCGAUGCAUCAGCAGAUGCUGUGGCUAUCGAGUCGCCCAUGAACGCCAACGUUUGGAAAGUUCUGGUAGAAGUCGGGGACGUCCUUGAGGCGAAGCAGACGGUGGCGAUCUUGGAAGCGAUGAAGAUGGAAAUCAAGGUGAUUGUUCCAGACUCUCAUGUCGGAGCAGUCGUGACGAAGAUUACACGCCCGCCAGGGACUGUCGUCAGUCCUGGGAUGCCAAUAAUAGUGGGCAAGAAGGCUGCUUAG